ACGUCGAGUAUCUAUCCAAAUCAACCAAAUCACCGAGAGAACCAUAUCAAGACUGUUGUCAAAGCCCCCCCAAAUGGUUCAAAUGCAUGAUUGGGUACUUGGGAAAACAUCUUCUGAAGUUUGUACAGAGAUUUGAAAAAGUAUUGGAACGUAUGAAAAGUUCGAAAUUGUUUCCAGCCUUCAGUUUCAUUAAACGGUAUUUAGGUUGCUGGCUUGCUAGUACGUUCAUCAUUGCAAUGGUUUUGAUGGCGAUGGACAUCGUUAGAUUUAUUUCGGCAUGGAGGAAAGAGGAGCUUUACAGACCUUGUGUCGAGAGAUGGGUUGCAAAGACAGCUUACAGGGUACUAAAUAUGGUACCAUUUGGAAUGUUUCUAUUUCUGGGUGCUGUUGGAUUUGGUUUCACGAGCUUUUUAACUAUUAGUUCCUUAUUUGAAAAGUCUUAUACAUACUCAAGACUGCGGACGUUGAGAACAAUAAAGCCUGGUGACGUCAUUACAUUCAAUCUCUUCAUGCCUUUCAGUUUUCAUGACGCUGUUGUUGUUCAAAGUGUGAAGACAUUUACCACAGGGAAUAUGCAGUCUUUACAGAAGCAUCAUUCGACCAUAAGCGAGAUUUUUGAGCAAUCACAAUCAAUGUUGAAUGAUUUCUUCAGAGAUACUAGUGAAGAAAAAUAUCGUUCGUUUCGAUAUUUGCGCAUGUAUGUUAAAAACACUGACAGAGGGAUCGAAGCAGUUCCGGUAGAUGCGUUUCAGGAACAUUCAAUGACUCAUACAUUAAAGAGACAGGAUGACGAAUGGAUAUUCACAUCUGAUGUGGAUGUUAAGGAAGAGAUCCCGAGGGUGUGUUUUCUAUGUGAUGAUAAAAAAUAUAAAAUUUUACCAUGAUUUUUGCGGAUCAUAUGACGUCGAAAUAGUUCACUACGAUUUAGAGCGAGGACUGCGAUUUCCAGAUGUUUUUAUUCAAAGUAGAAGAGUUGUAAAGUUUUAAAUAAAAACACUUAAUCCAGGGAAAAAACAUGCCGUUUACCAAAAAGAUUACCCCAAAAUAUCAACUGUCUAUAGAAAUAGUCCAAACAAUACCAUACGGAAGGCGCUAAAAAGGAUUGGGGAAAGGAAAUGGACUUUUUCCUCAAAAUGGUCCUCCAAUUUUGCAGACGAAUGUGCACUCGUGGACCCUGAAACAUACUACAGUCGUGGAUAUAGGUUUUCGAAAAUUGUUCAUACCCAUUGGUUUGAAUUACUUUAUACUGAAACAAGGCAUCGCCUCUCCAGUCUAGCUGUUCUGGAUUCUGUACUGAGCCACAUCAAUGCAGGUCACCUAAGACUCAAUUAGCUUUCCUUAUGAAAAAUUCUCAGUUGUCUUUCGUCGUUUGCUUUGUCAUCGUUAGCGAUUUAAAUUUUCGAUCUCGUAUCUGUCACCACUGAACCAAUUUCAACCAAAUCAAGCACAUAACAUCGUUGGGUAAUGGGGAUUCGAGUUUGUUUGGUUGAGUAGCAGUGUGAUGAGUUGAUUUUAGUGCGCAAUGAAAUGCAUGUAAUGUGUACAUUGGUAAGGAAUGUUUAACAUUGAGAUUAUUACAAAUUAAUGCUCUAUACUUGCUUCUGUAAAUGAGCCUGGAUUUCCAGUUUUAUACGAGGGAUAACAUGUUCAAUUGUUAUUCAUUAUGUCCAAUUAAAAACAUAUCCAUUUCAAAGGGAGAUAGUUGUAAAUAUAAUUCGAAACAUCUUAACAUUGUCUUGCCCAGGAUGUCUCUUUAGUGAUAACCUCCUUUUGUGAUGAAAAUUCAAGUUGCUGAAAUUUUCUCCUAAUUCGUAAAUCCCUUCAUGGGUCUGUUUUCUGAUUCAUUUACACACAACGUGGUAAGGCGGAAUAACCUUAGGGUUUUCAUACGAGCGAUUUUACUCACUUUUCGAUUAUAAGAGGCUUUAGAAACACAUGGGCUUUUUUUUCUCAUUGGAUAUCGUGUAUAACAGGCCGAACGUGGUAAAUUUUCUUCGUCAAAGAUAGUCAUUUAAAUCACCUGAACGGCUAACAUAAGGGAAUGUAUAUUAAACACAUUUUGUUGAAAUGUUAUAAAAUCAUAUAUCACACAUCACUAAGAUUGUAAGUACGUUUCAAGGAUGAAAUAGAUUUGAAUGCAAUUUAUAUAGGACUAAGCCUUACAUUUUAUUACAUGUUUACUAGUUGUGAUUUAACAGAGGUAAAGUGACGUAUUAUUCACACCGGCACUGGGUGCACUAGGCUCCGCCCAGCUAUGCCAUUUAGAUUUUACAAUAUAUAUGAGCAAGGUUGAUCAGGUGGUGCCCUAUUGGUAUUGCGUCAAGAUAUUAAUAGAAGUAGACAGUCUCUGGAUAUAUCAAGGCAUACUAUAGAAUGGAUCAUCACGUGUUUUUAGAAUACGGACAUAUGAGCGAUGUUUCAUUUACAAUUAUUGUAAGGAAACAUAUCUCGUCACAUCUAAUAUUAUAGAUAAACAUUGUUUGACAUUUCUAAGUUUCCAUUCCUCGAACGACAGUCAGUUGUGGUGAUCAAUACACGUAUCAACACUUCGCAAAAGUUACGACCCUUGUCCGCCAUCUCCCGGAUAAAAAUCUUAUUUCCCUACGUUGGCCUUUGUAAUUUUCCAAUCUGUUAUUUUUCC